CCGCCACAGCCCUCCGUGGGGUAUUCGCUUUUCCCUAACCCGAACACCAGGCCUCCUACAAUUUCGAGACCAUCGUCACGAACCAGGAGAUCGAGCUCGAGGGAGCGUACGGGUUCAUUGGGCGUAGGGGGUAGCCAAAGUUUUACCGACGCCUCACCUCCGAGGCACGGGAGGCGCACACCACUGCACAGGAUGCAGUCGUCCAUUGAUUCCAUAUCCCCUCCACAGACCCUUCAGCAGACUCCGCUGGACGAGAGUCAAUCGUCUCGGGCCAGACGAGAUGGGACCCAGAUACCUGUGCAGAAGCCUCCACCUGCAGCAGACAUUCCUCCACGUUCCGAUACUGCGACGGCCUUUUCGGAAGCCCAGACUCUUGUACGCAGUAACAGCAACAGGUCCAGGAGUUCCAUCGCCAAGCUCCCUCUCCACGAGGAGCCGUCUUCGUCAGCCUUCCCGGGGCGGGAAGACCAGCCCGUCCUGCGGUCCAUCUUCCCACAAUACAAUCCCAACCUCCCGCUCGGUCAGCAAGACUAUUUUCCUACGCAGACCAGUCCCACGCACAUCCCGCGUGCCGUCAUCAACAGAAUAUCUCUCCACCCCGGCGACGAUUACGAGACGGCCGCCCCGGCUGCCGGAACCCCGGGCAUGGCGAGCCCGCAGCUGGCCUUCCCGCAGCCCACGCUGCAGCCCCAGAGAUGGCCGCCCCGGGGCAACGAGAUGCCGUCAUUGCCCACCGAAUCCUCGAACGAGCAGCUGAAAGGCCUCUGGAGGGUCGUCAACGGCUGGCGAGCCUCGCCGUCCGAUGGCCGCGUCUACUGUCUGAAGCUCUCCCAGGAAAGGGACGCACCCGUCUACACCCUCUCAUCCCGCCAACAACCAUUCUACAACCUCCGCCUAGACCCGACCUCCGCCUCAGCCUACGUUUCGCUCACACGCCACGACCCGAGCAAGCCGUAUAAAGCACCCCCGGGUCAUUCCUCUUCCUCGUCAUCCGCCUCCUCCACAAACGGCAACAUUCUCAGCAACGUCAUCGGCGGAGGCAAAGAUGGGAGCAAAAACGGAGACGGCAAAUCCAGCGAAGGAAAGCACUGGCAGGACGUCCUCACAACGACGCUCGAAGAGGAGUCGCGUCGCCACCGGCCCAACGACGGCCUCGUCGCCCUCCUCUACCCGCAUGCCGCCUCCCGUGUGGCGCUCGCCCGUCCCGACGACCCCGCCGCCGUCACCAUGGCCGAAGCCGAAUGCGCCCGGCUCCUCUGGGACGACGACACGUCGUCACACUUCCUCGUACACCCGGCCCUGGCCGCGCCCUUCCGCGUCACCGUGGACCGGUUCCCUGCCUGGAGCCGGGUCGAGUACACGCUGGAGCACCACGAGAGCCCGCGGCCGCUGGCCCGGCUGACGCGCGAUGGCACCGGCGCCGGUUGGCUCGAAGUCGACACCACCGUCGCCGCCCACAUCGACAGCUUUUUCAUCGUUGACGUCGCCGUGGCGGCGCUCCUCCUCGUGGCGGCCGGCGACGAGCGAGGGGUCCACGUCGAGGCUUUCGAGCCGCCGCCCCUCCCGCCUUCGAUGCUCGCUGGCGGGGACGGGGCGCGCCACAGCGAUAGCAGCAGCAGCACCAGCAGCAGCAGGCGGAGUGGAGGUAAAAAGCCGAAGGCGAAGGGCGGCGGCAAGAAAUGGGGCGGCAGGCCCCGGGUGGAGGAGAUGGAGAUGGACCUGGAGAGCCAGGAUGGUGGCGGAUUUGCCAAGUUGGAGCAGGUCACCAACGAGACUAGACGGAAGCUCCCCUGGCCGCUGCGUAUUGCGUUCAAGGUGCUCGGUGGCGUGUUCAAGUUUAUUAUUUGGUCGCUGACUAUGGUCGUCAAGGCCCUGGUGGCUGUACUGUUUGGGGUGGGGAGGUGUCUCGGCUUGCGA